AAUCUGUUUUUGGCAGGAGAGAGACCAGACUCGGAGGAACCAGAGCCAGGUAUGUCCAAACCAGCAAGACGACACCAGUGCUCCCAGUGUGGAAAGAGUUUUAACCAGAAAGGACACCUGAACCAACAUGAGAAAAUACACACAGGGGAGAAGCCUUACCACUGCUCCCAGUGUGGAAUGGGUUGUAACGGGUUAAGGGACCUGAAACAACAUGAGAGAAUACACACAGGGGAGAAGCCUUACCUCUGCUCCCAGUGUGGAAAGAGUUUUACCCUGUUAUGUAACCUGAAAACACACGAGAGAAUACACACAGGGGAGAAGCCUUACCACUGCUCUCAGUGUGGAAAGAGUUUUAACCAGAAAGGACACCUGAAGCAGCAUGGGAGAAUACACACAUGGGAGAAGCCUUACCACUGUCCCCAGUUUGGAACAGGUUGUAACCAGUUAAGGGACCUGAAACGACCUGAGAGAUUACACAAAGGUGAGAAGCCUUACCAUUGCUCCCGGUGUGGAAAGAGUUUUACAACGAUAGGGACACUGAAAAUUCACGAGAGAAUACAUACAGGAGAAAAGCCGUACCACUGCUCCCAGUGUGGAAAGAGUUUUACAACAUUAUGGAGCCUGAAAAUACACGAGAGAAUGCAUACAGGAGAAAAGCCGUACCACUGCUCCAAGUGUGGAAAGCGUUUUACCCACUUAAGUAAUCAGAAAAAACAUGAGAGAAUACACACAGGGGAGAAGCCUUACCGUUGCUCCCAGUGUGGAAAGAGAUUUAGCGAGUUAGGAAGCCUGAUGGCUCAUGAGCGAAUACACACAGGGGAGAAGCCUUACAAAUGCUCAGAGUGUGGGAAGACAUAUUACUCAUCACAGUCACUUAAAAGACAUGUGAGAGUCCACACAGGGGAGAAAACAUGAAUUGAAUAUGGAGUGUGUCAGUUUGAAUAAAGAGUAGAUCAGAUUCCUUGUGUUUAAAUGGUCAGAUAAUCAAGUGAUAUUUGGAUGUGAUGCAUUUGCUCCAUUGUUGACAUUUGCAUUGUCCCACUGAUGAUUUAAUGAAAUGAAAUAUAUCACUGACUGUAAUGUAAAAUGUUAAUUGUAUGUGUCCACAUAUCUGAGUAUGUGACUAACCUUGUUAAACUGUCCUAUUAUAAUCUCCUAUUCCUGGGAGUAACGUCCUGCGUUGCAAACCAGCUGCACCUGCGUCCUUGUAUGAAUAAAGUCCCUCCCAGGAACAGGAAACUAUAAAGAUAUGUGCUCAUCACCCAAUGCUUCAGCAAUUCAGACUGUCUACACUGCGCUGUGUAACUCUGUUAUUCUCUCUGAGCUCAGAAAUAAAGAAUCUUGGUUUGA